AUGAGUAACAAGAUAUUUUUUUGGAACGUCCGUGGCCUAAAUGACCCGUAUAAGCACCUCCCUUUUUGUCAGUGGUUAGCCUCUAGUAAGGCCCACUUCGGUGCUCUUUUGGAAACUUAUAUCAAAGCGCCGCAACUCAAUCACGUACUAUCCAAAACUAACGAUGGGUGGAAUCAUUUCUCAAAUCAUGCUUCAGAUCAUGAUGGCAGAAUCAUUCUAAUCUGGAAGCCUCAUCUCACUGUCAACAUUCUACACCAAUCGAGGCAAUCAAUCACGUGUGAAGUCACCAUAGCUCCCUUACAACAGUUUGUGCUAACAGCUUGUUAUGCAGCAAAUACAAGUGAGGAGCGCUCAGAUUUAUGGGCUGACCUUAUCAACGUACAUCAGACUUACUCCCUCGACUCUUCCUCUUGGAUUGUUGGAGGUGACUUCAACCAGAUCACUCACUAUUCUGAGCACUCCCUUCCCUCUGUAAACUGCUUUGACCCUCAUAUGACACAAUUCAGAGAUGCCCUAUCCCACCUCAGCCUCUUCGACCUCCGUUUCACUGGCCCCCUAUUCACUUGGUCCAACAAAUGCCCUUCCUACCCCAUAGCCAAAAAACUAGACAGAAUCCUUAUCAAUCAAUCUUGGAUAGCCACUUUUCCCCACAGCCAAGCUUUUUUCUUAGCCCCUGAAAUCUCUGAUCACUCCCCCUUUGUUGUUGACCUGGCUGUCGACCUCCCUAUCCCCGGAACCAGACCUUUCAAAUUUUUCAAUUACCUCACAAAACACCCUCUUUUCUUCCAGACAGUGCUGCAGGCUUGGGAUCAGUCCGGAGGCAUGGCUUGGGAUCUUUCUCACUUGUGUGUCAAACUGAAAAAAAUAAAAAGAGAGCUAAAAAAACUAAAUAGAGAGAAUUUCUCAAAUAUCCAAGAAAGAGUGAGAGAGACUAACUUGUUGUUAAAAGAUGUGCAGGUGCAGGCGUUAUCUAACCCAACUUCGGAGAACUUCCAAAAGGAAAAGGAGCUGGAGGAGAAAUGGAACUUCCUCAGAUCCAUAGAAGAAAGCUACUUCCGUCAGAGGUCACGCAUCAACUGGCUAAGGGAAGGCGAUUUCAACACAACCUUCUUUCACCGACUGAUGCAAAUACGGAACUCCUUCAACUCCAUUCGCUCGUUCAUCUUGCCCACUGGAGAGGUUAUAACUGAUCCGAGCCACAUGGGUGCUAUGGCUAUCGCUCACUUCAGACAACUCCUGGCUCCUCCAACUCAACUCACUACUGCAGUCUCUCCCAUCUGGUUUCAGGAGAUCUCUGACUUUCGCUGCCCUGAAGAAAAUGCGUUGACACUGGUUACAAUGCCCACUGAUGAAGAGAUCAAAACGACAAUGUUCAAAAUCAAUUCAAACAAGGCCCCAUGA